AUGUUACGAAAAUUCUCUUUCACCAAGAAUAAACCUUACAUACCUCCAUUAUUAUUGAUGGAAUGUCUUGAAGAAAUUUUCGAACACUUAAAAAACGAUAGAGCUGCUCUUUAUUCGUGUAUCUUCGUGAAUCGACUUUUCUGUCGUUUGGCUAUCCCUUUAUUAUGGCGUCGACCUUUUGAAUAUCCAAAUAAAUAUAGAUUUCGACUUAUACGUACUUUGAUUUCUUGUUUAGAUGAUAAUCAAAAGAAACUUUUACUUGAAAAAGGUUUAAAAGUUCCUGAUUUACCGAAACCAUUUUUUGAUUAUCCAAAAUAUAUGAAAGGAUUUGAUUUCUUUCAUUUUUCGGAAGCUAUAGAGAAAUGGGUAGAAGGAAAUUAUUGGACAAUGUCUCCUCCCCUUAUAAAAAAUAUGGAAUUCAUUGAAAGUCUUAUUGGAAAUAUGUUAUUUAGUCGUUCAAAUGGAUUACAUAUAUUUAAAUAUUAUCGAGGUUUCGGAAAUAUAAUUAAUUAUCAAUAUUUUGCUGAUAUAAAAUUGUACUCUGGAUUUUCACGUUCAUUAUCAAAAUUAAGAACUUUUGAAUUUCAAGCAUUUAGUUAUCGUAAUGAUAAUUCUUUUUCUGCUUGGUCAAAUUUAUUUAUUAGUAUUGCAAAUUCCACCAAAAGUAUAGAACAUUUAUCACUUUUCAUUCCUGCUAAAGCUCAUCAUAAUCAACAACUUCGUGAUGCAUUAUCACAAUUAAUUGAAUCACAAACAAAUUUUUCAAGUUUAGUUAUAGAUGAAUCAACGGCUAAAUUCAUUCAUGAAGCACUUAUAAUUAAAGCUCGUUUUCUUAAAUUCUUGAGGGUCACUUGGCUAAAAAAUUUUAAUUUAUUACAUCAACUUUUAUCGAUUUGUCAAAAUUUAGAAACUUUAGAAUUUUCUCAAGCUUCAAAUUUUGAAAAUAGUGCGAUCGAUCAAAAUCAUCUAAUCACUCAACUUUCUCUUAAAAAUCUUUAUUGUGGAGAUGAAAAUCCUUCACCGUAUAUAGUUUCAACAAUCCUUAAAAUGUCAAAUCAAAAUUUGAAAACACUUUCGUUAAGAAAUGUUACACCUGAAAUUUUAGAUACCAUAGAACAAUUUUGUCCUAAAAUUACUCAUCUUUGUUUAAAAAUAUCAGCCAGACAAUUUCCAAGAUUUAUAACAUUAUUAUCAGGAUUAGCGCUUGAACAUUUGGCUAUUGAAAAUUUACCGGAAGAAUCAAAAUAUACAUCAGAAGAUAUUAAAUUAUUGGCUCAAACGAUUCCACUUUCUUUACGUUACUUCGGUAUAAAAUUUUUGGCAUCCUCACGUGAUCUCAUGAUAUUCUUUAAAGAAUGUGGAGCAUCUUUAAACAUUUUAGCAUUAUAUUAUAUUCCAAAAAUGAGUAUCGAUUCCUUAGAACAAAUAUUUAAAUAUUCCAAAUGUAUACAAAGUUUAAAAGAAAUUAGAUUUGAUAGAAAAAUUUAUAAAUAUUAUGAAUCAUUACCACCUCAGGAUAUGGAAAAAUUUUCGGUAUAUAAAUAUAAUGUUGGAGAAGCAAGGCCCUUGAGUUAUAGAUUUUAUGUUUGUGUUAAUAAAGGAUGUCAACAAACUUAUAAUGAAGAUGAAAAUAACGAUGAAGCAUGCUGUCAUCAUCCAUCGCCGCCAAUUUUUCAUGAAGGAUUAAAAGGAUGGCAGUGUUGUAAACGCAGAGUUAUGACUUUCGAAGAAUUUCAACAAAUACCUGGUUGUACUCGAGGUCGACAUUCUUCCGAAGCUCCCAAACCAAAAGAAUCUACUACUACUCCCAAAUCAACUGAAACGAAAGAAACACCCAAUAUUUCGAAAAUUGAUGAAAAUGGAGUGGAAGUAUAUGAAACGAGUACAAAAUAUGCUCCGCCAGCUCCCCAACCUCCUUCACAACAAUUCGAAAAAAUUGUUCCACCUCUUGAAAAGGAACCAGAAGAAGAUGAUCUGAGUAUUCCGGUUACUGCUGGUACAAAAUGUAAACGAAACGCGUGUAAUUGUGUAUAUGUCGAUGAUGCAACUAGUCGUGGUGAAGGAUCUGAAGCUAAAUGUAAUCAUCAUCCCGGAACUCCAAUUUUUCACGAAGGCAGCAAAGGUUGGAGUUGUUGUUCUCGAAAAGUCUUAGAAUUUGAUGAAUUUUUAAAGAUCAAAGGAUAUGAUAAAAGAUUCAAACAAACCUACCCAUUAUAUCAAUAUAUUGAUCCAGAAAAUUCUAAAUAUGAAUUCCUUUCUACUAAAAUUGAAAUUAAAUUAAAGAAAGCAAAUGGAAUUUCAUGGCCAUCACUGAGAUCAGAUGAAGAUUAUAUGGCCGCAACUACCUUUGGAGUUCAAGGAGGUGAUGCCACAGUUGGUGGAAAGAAUUAUACCCUUGCCACAGAUUCUCCAUUAUAUGCAAAUAAACAAUAG